AUGUUCAGGGGUUGCGGCCUGUUCGCGUGCGCCCGCCGGGGCCGCGGCGACCUCAGGAAGCGCGGGGAGCUAGGCGGCGCGAGCUCGCGGGUGGCGCCGGCCGAGCCGGAGCCGGUGUGCGUGGACGAGGCCGAGGCAGAGGACAGCGGCGCCGCGCCCGCGCGGCAGCUGGCGUGGGCGGAGGUGGAGACCGCCACGGGCGGGUUCUCGUCCAAGGUGGUCGGCCGCGGCGGGUUCAGCACCGUGUACCUCGCCUCGCUCUCCUCCUCCUCCUCGCGGCUCGGCGCCGUCAAGGUCCACUGCAGCAGCGAGCGCCUCCACCGCGCGUUCCGCCGGGAGCUGGACGUGCUCCUCUCCCUCCGCCACCCGCACAUCGUCCGCCUCCUCGGCUACUGCGACGAGCGGGACGAGGGCGUGCUGGUGUUCGAGUACGCGCCCAACGGCGACCUCCACGAGGCGCUUCACGGCGGCGCGGGCGGCGUCCUCCCCUGGGCGCGCCGCGUGGCGGUCGCGUUCCAGGUGGCCUCGGCGCUGGAGUACCUCCACGAGGGCCGUGACCCGGCCGUCAUCCACGGCGACAUCAAGGCCUCCAACGUCCUCCUCGACGCCAGCAUGGACGCCAAGCUCUGCGACUUCGGCUUCGCGCACGUCGGCGUCUCGGCCACCAUGGGCGGCCGGCCUUCGGAUCGCGCCGUCAUGGGCUCCCCGGGCUACGUCGACCCCCACCUCCUCCGCUCCGGAGUGGCCACCAGGAAGAGCGACGUGUACAGCUUCGGCGUGCUGCUGCUCGAGCUCUUGACGGGCAAGGAGGCCGUCUGCCGCGAGACAGGGCACCGCCUCACGGCCGCGGUGAGGCCUAAGCUCGGCGACGGCCAAGUGUCGGACGUUCUGGACCAGAGGUUGGGAGGAGACUACGACGUCGCUGAGGCGGCCGCCGUGGCGGAUCUCGCCAUGCAGUGCGUCAGUGACAGCCCCGGGCUCCGGCCAUCCAUGGCCGACGUCGUGCGCGUGCUCCAGGAGAAGACCUCCGCCGCUGGAUCGAGACUGGACCGCAAGAUGUUGUCCUAA